AUGGCGUCGAGCAAUCUUGAAAUAAAAUUAUCUUUCGAAGACGAGAAACAGAAGUUCUUGAGCAUGCCGAUAGAAGAAAAGAGAAACUUUUAUAAAUCAAAUGUAAACACCGUGGAUGGAAUAACAACAUGGGCUGAAUAUUGGACCAAAAAGAAAUAUGAUACCAACGUUAAAGGUUCGAAGGAAGUUGAAAAGGGUGGCGGCGAGGAAUUGGCCGAAAAAAUUUCCAUUUGGCAAGGAGAUAUUACCACUCUCGAGAUAGAUGCGAUUGUCAAUGCUGCUAACUCGCGUCUUGUGCCUGGCGGAGGAGUCGACGGUGCUAUACACAGAAGAGCAGGAUCCUUUUUGAAAAUAGAAUGCGCAACGUUAGGAGGAUGUCCUGUUGGUGAAGCUAAAAUCACUGGAGGAUAUAUGUUGCCAGCUAAAUGUACCAUAAUAUAG